AAAAAAGCAAGUGAAACACACGAAAAUGGAAGAACCGGAACCGUUCGUGUUCGAAAUGAAACUGCUGGAAUGUUGCAUGUUCAAGGAGGUUAAAACGGAUCUUUUGCGCGCGGUAGACGAAUGCUCCCAGCGCGGUUUGCUACACAGCGCUAAAUGGUCGGCCGAAUUGGCCUAUUGUUUGAGCGAUGUGAAAAUUGUAAAGGCGGACGAUUUUACGUGCACCUUCGAGGAAUCGAACGCUUAUAUCUUAGCUAAGACGUACUUCGACCUGAAAGAGUACGAUCGAGCGGCUUACUUUACGAGAGACUGCAAGACCGCGAAAGUCAAGUUUCUGCAUUUGUAUUCGCGUUACUUGUCAGGCGAGAAGAAGAAAUUGGACGACAUGACGGACGUGCCGCCGGAUCCUACAAAAAACGACAGUCUUAAAUUGCUCUGCGCUGAUCUGAGAAAGGAUUAUCUGGCCUCGAAUUUAGACGGUUACGGAUUGUAUCUUUUUGGCGUGACAUUGAAAAAGUUGCAACUUCUCAGAGAGGCAAAGGACGUUUUGAUGGAGGCUGUACAUAAAGAGCCAAUGCACUGGGGCGCCUGGUUAGAACUGACCGCGUUGAUCAAAGAUAGGGAAGAAUUGGAGAGUUUGUGUCUGCCAAAACAUUGGAUGCAAUAUUUCUUCACAGCUCACAUGUACUUGGAGCUACAGCUCAUUAACGAGUGUUUAGAAAUAUACGCUCAAUUGCAAGGCUUUGGCUUUCGAUCAAGUCCUUAUGUACAAGCUCAAACUGCAAUUGCGGUGCAUUACAGAAGACAUGUUGAAAACGCAUUACAAAUCUUCAAAACGAUAAUAAAAGAAGAUCCUUAUUGUCUCGACAACAUGGACACAUUUUCAAAUUUGCUUUAUGUGAGAGAAAUGAAGGUCGAGUUGGCGUAUCUGGCGCACAGAGCCACCGAAAUAGAUAAAUAUAGACUGGAAACUUGUUGUAUAGUAGGAAAUUAUUACAGUUUGAGAGCUGAUCAUCAGAAAGCGGUGAUGUAUUUUCACAGAGCUUUGAAGAUAAAUCCGCAAUAUCUAUCAGCUUGGACACUGUUGGGUCAUGAAUUUAUGGAAAUGAAAAAUACCAAUGGCGCUAUCCACAGCUAUAGACAGGCAAUAGAGGUAAAUAGACGAGAUUAUAGAGCGUGGUACGGCUUGGGUCAGACGUACGAGAUUUUAAAAAUGCCAUUUUACGGACUUUAUUAUUACAAACAAGCACAACUCUUGAGACCUCACGACAGCAGGAUGGUUCUGGCUUUAGGUGAAGCGUACGAAAAGCAAGAUAAAAUUCAAGAUGCGCUCAAAUGUUAUUACAAAGCGUGCAAUGUAGGCGAUAUAGAAGGAAUGGCACUUUUAAAGUUAGCGACACUAUAUGAGAAAUUAGGGGAACACGAUAACGCGGCGGCGGCUUAUAAAGAUUUCGUAACGGAUGAAUACCGAGGCAUCGACAGAAGAGUUGAGUCAACGGAGCUGAGCCAUGCAUACAAGUAUCUUACGCAGUAUCAUUUAAAAAGAGAAGAAUUGGAUCGAGCUAAUCACUAUGCGCAAAAAUGUAUUGAUUUCGACGAAAUAAAAGAAGAGGCUAAAGCAUUGUUAAGAACAAUUGCUGAAAAAAAAACUAAAGUAGAAGAUACCAUGAUGGUGGAUGAUAUGAACGAAACAGAUCCUGUAAUUGAACAAAGAACACAGCUUGACGCGACACCUGGAAGUCAGUUGUCACCGAUGAAUCUUUCGUUUACAUCCACACCAUAAAAGAAAACUAUAAAUUGUCUAGCGUUCUAGAAUUCGCGCUUUUAUGUGAUUACAUAUAUAUGUAUAUGUGUGUGUGUAUAUAUAUAUAUAUAUAUGUAUGUAUGUAUAUAUAAUAUAUUUAAUAUCGA